GUCUGUGUGUUUUCCUUCCUUCCUUCUCUUUCUCUCGGAGUGUCCAAACUGGACCUGCCUCCGCUUCGCUUCGCCUCCUCCCGCCUCCCGGGUUCUCCUCUGGCGGAGCAGGCGAACCUCCUUACGCGAGGACACGAAAGAACGAGGAGGAGAGGAAAGUUGGAAAACUUGUUCGUCAACUCCGCCGGCCGUGCAGCCGCUGGUGGCCGCGGAGAGCGAAAAAAGAGAGCGAGAGAGCGAGGGAGAGCGCGCGGGCGCGCCUGAAAAAUAAAGAGCAUGAAAGCCAACUGAGCGACGGGUCGCAGAGGGGGGUUCCGCGUGGAGGCGCCGGGGGUGGAUUUGUUGGCAGGAUGAAUAUAGAAAGAGACUCUGAAACGACCUUUGAGGAAGACUCUCAGCCCAAUGAUGAGGAGGUCCCAUAUAGCGAUGAUGAGACGGAAGACGACCUGGACACUCAACCUGACGUUGAGCCAGAACAGAACUAUAUUAACAGAGAAGUGGAAGCAACUCGAGAGACGCUUCGAAAAGAUUGCAGCUGGCAAGUUAAAGCAAAUGACAGAGCUUUCUAUGAGCAACCCCAAUUUAAGGAAACAAUAUUCCUUUGUAUUCAGAAAAGUAAAUAUGCGGGGAACGCCAUCAAAACCUACAAGUAUAACCCAAUUACCUUUCUGCCAUUGAAUUUGUAUGAACAGUUUAAAAGAAUUGCCAAUUUCUAUUUUCUUAUUCUACUUAUUUUACAGACAAUUCCUCAGAUAACAACUCUGUCUUGGUAUACUACAUUGGUUCCGUUACUCCUGGUCUUGGGUAUCACUGCAGUUAAAGAUCUAGUGGACGAUAUUGCACGGCAUCGGAUGGACAAUGAAAUUAACAAUCGAACAUGUGAUGUAAUCAAGGGCAAGAGUUUUCAGAACACAAAAUGGAAAGACAUUGCAGUUGGUGAUAUCAUCCGUCUGGGGAAAAAUGCCUUUGUUCCUGCUGAUAUUUUAUUGUUGUCCAGUUCAGAACCCAAUAGCUUUUGUUACGUAGAAACAGCUGAAUUAGAUGGUGAAACCAACUUAAAGUUCAAAAUGUCACUGGAAGUAACAGACAGGUGCCUUCAGGAAGAAAGUUCACUUGCAGUAUUUGAUGGCCUGGUAGAGUGUGAAGAGCCCAACAAUCGUCUAGAUAAAUUUACAGGCACCUUGAUAUGGCGAGGAAAGAGAUACGCUUUGGACUCUGAUAAAAUUUUGUUGCGUGGUUGUAAAAUCCGGAACACGGAAGUAUGUCAUGGACUUGUCAUUUUUGCAGGGGCUGACACAAAAAUAAUGAAGAACAGUGGGAAAACACGGUUUAAAAGGACCAAAAUCGACUCUCUUAUGAAUUAUAUGGUGUACACAAUUUUUGUACUACUUAUCCUGGAGUCUGCUGGUCUGGCUAUUGGACACACUUACUGGGAACAACAAAUUGGCAAUUCUUCUUGGUAUCUCUAUGAUGGUGAAGAUAAUUCCCCUUCAUACCGUGGCUUCCUUAACUUUUGGGGCUACAUCAUUGUGCUAAACACCAUGGUUCCCAUAUCCCUCUAUGUGAGUGUUGAAGUGAUCCGUCUGGGCCAAAGUUAUUUUAUCAACUGGGACUUGCAGAUGUAUUAUCCAGAGAAGGAUACAGCUGCAAAAGCAAGAACUACCACUUUGAAUGAACAGCUGGGACAGAUCCACUACGUCUUCACAGACAAGACAGGCACACUGACACAGAAUAUAAUGACCUUCAAAAAAUGUAGCAUAAAUGGACAAACCUACGGAGACAGCAGGGAUAAAACAGGUGAAGAGCAAAAUCAUUUAGAACAAGUGGAUUUAAGCUGGAAUAUGUAUGCAGAUGGAAAACUUAAUUUUUACGAUCAUUACCUGAUUGAAAAAAUUAAAACUAGGAAGGAAACUGAAAUUCAGCAAUUCUUCCUCCUUCUGGCAAUUUGUCAUACAGUGAUGGUAGAUGCUAGUGAUGGUGAGCUCAACUAUCAUGCUGCUUCUCCGGAUGAGGGGGCAUUGGUAACUGCAGCCAGAAACUUUGGUUAUGCUUUCCUCUCACGCACGCAAAAUACCAUUACAAUAAGCGAAAUGGGAACUGUGAAAACCUAUGACGUGCUUGCCAUUUUGGAUUUCAACAGUGACAGAAAAAGGAUGUCUGUUAUCACAAGAGAUCCCAAUGGGGCCAUCAAACUUUAUUGCAAAGGAGCCGAUACAGUGAUUUUUGAACGGCUGCAUCCAAGAAAUCCUAACAAACAGGAUACCGAAGAUGCAUUGAAUAUCUUUGCAAAUGAAACCCUUCGAACAUUGUGCCUUUGCUAUAAGGAAAUUAGCCAUUAUGAAUAUGAAGCAUGGGAGAAGAAGUUCAUGGAAGCUUCUCUGGCCUUAGGAAACCGGGAGGCAGCUCUGGAUAGAGUGUAUGAAGAAAUUGAGCAAAAUCUAAUUCUUCUAGGUGCCACAGCAAUAGAAGACAAGUUACAAGAUGGGGUGCCAGAAACCAUCUCCAAAUUGUCAAAAGCAGAUAUUAAGAUCUGGGUUUUGACAGGUGACAAAAAAGAAACUGCGGAAAAUAUUGGUUAUUCCUGUGAACUCUUAACAGAUGAAACUAAUAUCCACUACGGAGAAGACAUCAGCGCUCUUUUGCAAACAAGGCUGGAAAACCAGAGGAACCUAAGUGGAGCAUAUGACAAAUCUUCCAAUACAGCCAAUGAACCCUUUUUCACAGAAGGCAAAAACCAAGCAUUAAUUAUCACUGGAUCAUGGCUGAAUGAAAUUCUUCUGGAGAAGAAAACGAGGAAGAAGAAGCUCCUGAAACUGAAAUUUCCCAAAACAGUGGAAGAGAAGCAAAGGCAUAAGGAGACAAAGCGAAGGAUAGACUUGUGCAAAGAGCAACAGCAACGAAACUUUGUGGAUUUAGCCUGCGAGUGCAAUGCUGUGAUUUGCUGCCGAGUUACCCCCAAACAGAAAGCCAUGGUGGUCGACCUGGUAAAGAGAUACAAGAAAGCCAUAACCUUGGCUAUUGGAGAUGGUGCUAAUGAUGUGAAUAUGAUUAAAACUGCCCACAUUGGUGUUGGGAUAAGUGGUCAAGAAGGGAUGCAAGCCGUCAUGUCCAGUGACUACUCUUUUGGACAGUUCAGAUAUCUCCAGAGGCUGUUGCUGGUUCAUGGACGAUGGUCUUACAUUAGAAUGUGCAAAUUCCUUCGGUAUUUCUUCUAUAAAAACUUUGCUUUUACAUUAGUGCACUUCUGGUACUCCUUCUUCAAUGGCUAUUCUGCUCAGACAGUGUACGAGGAUUGGUUUAUCACACUAUACAAUGUAUUAUAUUCCAGUCUACCAGUUCUUCUCGUUGGAUUACUUGAUCAGGAUGUGAGUGAUAAACUGAGCAUACGGUUUCCUAACUUGUACGUCUUGGGACAAAAAGACUUGCUUUUUAACUACAAGAAGUUCUUCUUAAGCCUGCUGCAUGGCGUUAUAACAUCACUGAUCAUUUUCUUCAUACCGUACGGUGCUUACCUACAAACCAUGGGACAGGAUGGAGAAGCUCCUUCUGAUUACCAGUCAUUUGCGAUCACUGCCUCAUCUUCUCUUAUAUUUGCAGUUAAUUUUCAGAUUGGAAUGGAUACAUCUUACUGGACAUUUGUGAAUGCCUUCUCAAUAUUUGGGAGUAUCGCACUUUAUUUUGGCAUCAUGUUUGAUCUGCACAGUACUGGGAUCCACGUCCUCUUUCCUUCCGUGUUUCAGUUUACAGGUACCGCUUCAAAUGCCCUUCGACAGCCAUAUAUCUGGUUGACCAUAAUACUGUCUGUCACUCUCUGUUUGCUGCCCAUCAUUGCCCUCCGGUUCUUGAUGAUGACCAUCUGGCCUACAAAAAGUGAAAAGAUUCGGAAGAAUCGCAAAAAGUACAAGGCCGAAGAGGAGAAGUGGAAGCGAAGGCAGAGCGUUCUCCGUCGUGGGGUAACGGGUCGUCGUUCUGCGUAUGCCUUCUCCCACCAGCGAGGUUACGCUGACCUCAUCGCUUCUGGGCGUAUCAUCCGUCGUAGGCGAGCUUCCCUAACAGCAGUUCUGGGCAACAAUUUGGCCGAAAUUAGGCGAGCUGAAGAAAACAGUUGAUGACUUGCCCAAUCCCACAGAAAACAGAGGAAGGGUAGCACAAAAAGUUUUAUUUUUUUUUACAAAGGACGGUGGCUUCUUUUUCUUUUUUUGAAAAACACGUGCAGGAUUAUGAAGGGAGUCUAAUUAUUUUUUCCCCCAAUUGCUUUGUUCGGGACUAAAAUUGGACAGACCGAAUGGCUGAGUAUUUUUAAUUCUCCGUCCUUGCAUAAACAUUGCUUUUAUUUGGAACUGAGGGAUAUCCUUAUGCCUUGGACUUCAAGCCCAACAAUUUUAAGGUGUUUUUAAAUAGUAG